AGUCGCUAAAAAUCAAUGUUGUAGUAGUGUAUGCUUUAUAAAUACAUGUUGUAUAGAGAGAAUUUAGCCUUUUUUUUCCAUUGAUUAAUCAAUUAAAUUGUUUUCCCACACUUAUUUUGUACCAUUCAUUUAUUUCGUUAUUAAUAAUCAUAACCACCAAUUAUUUCUUAUAUCCGCUCCUUUUUCUACUUGAUAUUCUUCCCAAUCUUCCAACCCACCGUACUUUCUCCUUCUACACUUCAAUCUCAUAUUUUAAUUCAAAUAUUCAAAUGGGUUUCCAUGGGUUUGCCAAGGCUGAACUAGUACUAGAGCUAGGCCUUAAUUCAUCAUCCAUGGCUGAAAACACGACGAAGCCCACCAAAAAACCUUACCUGAGCUUCGAUCACCCCCUUGAGCCAUCGCUAAGCUUGGCUCUUUCAGGUGAUUCAUAUGGUGGUGCCGGUGGUGGCUCAUCAUUCUCUAAUGCGAGUGUGAAGAGGGAAAGAGAUGUUGCAAGCGAAGAAUCAGAGAGAGUAGGGGCGAUUAAUACUUGUGGUGAAGAUGGUGAAGAAGAUGAAGAUGGUAGUGUUAAUGGAAGGAAGAAACUCAGGUUAACCAAAGCUCAGUCUGGACUACUUGAGGAAGCCUUUAAAUUGCAUACCUCUUUGAACCCUCAGCAACAAAAGCAAAAGCUGGCAAGGGACCUCAAGCUAAGGCCGAGACAAGUUGAAGUUUGGUUCCAGAACAGGAGGGCCAGAACGAAACUGAAGCAAACGGAGGUGGAUUGCGAGUACUUAAAGAAAUGCUGCAAGAGAUUAACCGAUGAGAAUCAAAGACUCCGGCAAGAGGUUCACGAACUGAAAACACAAAAAUUGUUGCAACCCAUCUACAUGCAGAUGCCGGCGGCCACUCUCACCAUGUGUCCGUCAUGUGAACAGAACGGCGACACCAAUCCUGCGUCCAAGAACAUCCCUUUUACUAUGGCUCCUAAAAGAGACUUUUUUAGUCCCUACUCUAGUUCAUCAGCAGCUUGUUAAUUAGUUAAAUUUAUAUAUUACCCAUGCACAGCCCUACAUGUUUUAGAAUUUAAGGGCUUGUCUUGCAGUUGCAGGUCAAUGUUCAAAUAUUUUAAAUAUAAAAUUAUUGUAGAAAAAGAUCAGAAUUUCCACUCCUAUAACUUUCUUAUUAAAAUUUUGUAUAUAUGUUAUCUUCUAAAUUA